CUUCAUUUUCAUACUGAUGCCUCAAUUCAAAACCUACAAUCACCAAAUAUUAAAUCUGAUAUUGGCUGGAUUUGUGAAAAUAAUUUGUCUAUUAAAUUUAAUGCAACUACUAUUCCCUAUCUAGAUACAACAC